AGUCUUGCCGCCCAAGCUUGCAGUUCUCGGUAUUUUUUAUAUCUGUGAAAAUAUUUGUGACGUUAGUCUAGGAAUUUGAGCAUAAACUUGCAAUCCAAAAUGCCACGUAAAUCAGCUUCGUCAACUUCACAAAAACACAGAGACUUUUUAGAGCCUGUUGGAAACAAACAUGUUACGAAGCUAGCUGGAAUUGGGGAGACUCUGGGCGGACGUUUGAGCGAAGCUGGGUAUGAUAAGGCCUCAAGUGUACUCGGCCAAUAUUUGGUGCUCCAACAAGAUGAAAGAAAGUUUAAAGGUUGGAUGAAAGAUGUUUGCAAUGCUAGCUCAAAGCAAUCGAAUGAUUGCUACAAGUGCCUCAACGACUGGAGCAACCAGUUCUUAUAAACGAAUCCCACGGCAACCUAUGCUCAUAUUAUGUGUUUGUCUCCUACUACAUAUUCUACUCUAUAAGAGUACCACUUAUGCUUUUAUUUUGAUUAAAAAUAUUAAGGAAAAAUACAAA